AUGAAUUCAUUCACUGGCCAGUACGGCAGCUCAAAUUGUGAGCCAAAAAUUGGGCUGCGGGUUCCCUCGGAUAGAACCAAAUGUAAGUGCUUCUCAGGGGGCUCAUCUCUUGCAAAUACCUUAAAACCCCAGAUUUUGUUCUCGUUUGAGGCCCUAUUUACGGAAAUAGGGAAUCAACAUGGUAAAUUAUUCGGUACGUUCCCGGUUAUCACUCCUGCUAUUGUGCCUAUUCAAGCAAAUUGCAACACCUCCACCUAUCCCCCCCCCGAUCAACCUCUCACCAUCCACCCCGAUCCCAACCCCUUUCGAAGACCUGCAGACCCUGGUCUCAGGCCUGAUUUUGCACCAGGGAAAGGGGAGCAGGAAGAGAUAGGGUUGAAGAUGGAGAAAGAAGAAGUAAAGAAAUUGCCGAAGUUGGAUACAGAAAUAAGGGUUCAAUCCGCGGAAGUCAGUAUGCUAAGAAAGCGGGAGGAGUGGAGUCAACUAUGGCAGGAGGGGUGA